AGAGAAGACGGAAAUUGAAGAAGUCAGAGUCAAGUGGUUUGACCACAACACACACAAAGUCAUUGAUGAAAGGCAGCUUCUUCGUCUUUGUAUCCUCAUUCUCCAAGUCUCAUUCAUUUUAAAUGCAACAACUUUGGUUUCUACAUACCAAAACACUAUAAUCUAAGCACUUACAUGUUUAUGAGUUUUAACUUGCUUUAAGUUUCAAAGCUCCUACACAGUUCCAUUGUUUUUAUCUUAGUUUGUUUGUUGUUCUACAACACCAUGGCUUCUGAGGAUUCCAAACAGAAACCCCAUGUUCUAGAACAAGACAAAGGUGUGGUGGUGGUAGAGGAGGAGGAGGAGAAGAAGCUCAACAAUGAAACAAAGAACAGGAACAAGAGCAAGAAGAGGAGUAGUUCUUACUUGCCUAAGUUUUGUUUUAGAAUCGAAUAUGGUGCUAAAGGGGAGGGUUUUGAUAUGGAAAUGGUGGAUGCUUCUGAUUCUCAGCGUCCCAAACCCACUCAUUUGAUCAUCAUGGUUAAUGGUCUCAUUGGAAGUGCUAAGAAUUGGAAAUUUGCUGCAAAACAGUUUCUGAAAAAGUAUCCACAUGAUGCUGUUGUACAUUGCAGUGAAUGUAACCCUCCAAGGUUGACAUUUGAUGGCGUCGACGUAAUGGGAGACAGAUUAGCGAAGGAGGUGAUUGCAGUUAUAAAACGUCACCCAAGUGUUAAGAAGAUUUCAUUUGUAGGUCACUCUCUGGGUGGAUUGGUUGCAAGAUAUGCAAUUGCCAAGCUUUAUGAGAGAGACAUUUCAACGGAAUUUUCUCAUGAGAGCAAGAAUUGUGAAGGAAAAAUUGCAGGAUUGGAGCCUGUAAAUUUCAUUACCUCAGCAACACCACAUCUUGGUUCUUGUGGUCAUAAACAGUGUCCAAUGUUUUUCGGAUCGCGCCACGCCGAGAAAGCAGCAAUUCGGGCUUCGGGGCUUCUUCGUAGAACAGGAAAACAUCUCUUUUUAACAGAUGGUACCAAUGGAAAGCCUCCUCUUCUUCUCCAAAUGGUUCGAGACUCUGAAGAUCUUAAAUUCAUCUCUGCCUUGCGAUCCUUCAAACGCCGUGUUGCCUAUGCAAAUGUUCGCUAUGACAAGCUUGUUGGAUGGAGUACAUCAUCUAUAAGGCGAAGAAAUGAGCUUCCAAAGCGCCAGAAUCUUUCGAGCCACGAGAGCUAUCGACAUAUAGUAAAUGUCGAGACAGUAACACCCUCUUCGGAUCCCAAUCAAGUUCCUACAGAAUCCCAAGUGAAUAAUAGUGGAUCUCGUAGACUUGACAUGGAAGAGGAAAUGAUAAGGGGGUUAACAAGAAUGAGUUGGGAACGCAUUGAUGUGCGGUUCAAGGGUACCAUGCAGAAAUUUCUGGCUCAUAGUACCAUUCAGGCAAGUUAUCAAAAGCUGCUUCAAUGUUCAAUCACAUGAUACAUUAUUUGGUGACACAUCACCUCAUCAAUUCUGCUGGAGCAGACGUGAUCCAACAUAUGGUUGACAAUUUUCAGUUGUAGAAUUAUUCACAAAUUUGCCCAAAUUUUUUCAUUUUUUAAUUUAAUUAUUGAGAAGGGUGGUGAAGGUGUUUGUGGACUUCUUCACCUUUUGCGGCUACAAAUACACAAGAAUUUGGGGGUUCCAUGAUAUUUUUGCAGAAAUUGUAAAAUGAUUUUUGCAAAACUUAUUAGGAUUAUUAGAGAUAUGAGUAAUAUGUGUUUGAAAUUGAUGUAAAAUCUUAAUAAGUGUAAUAGAAUGAGGUGACUAGAAAAAAUUGAAAUUGUCUAUAAAAAAGUUAAGUUCCUAUAUUUCUUAA